CUAUUUUACGCUUGAGCAAGCUGUCUUAUGUAUGAGUAGGUGGUAGCUGCAAGUACCGGUUGUGGUUGCGUUGAUACUAGGUUUUUUUUUUCUCUCUCUGUAUAAUAAUUUAGUGCCUUCUUGUAAGGAACACUGCCACUGGUGUCUGCAUUUGUUAGCUCAAGUAGCUGAUGUGAAUCCAAACGACUUGUGGAUAUUUUUAGAUCCUGUGCUGGAUUAUUGUGCUAUCCAUGUGUAACAGCUUGGCAGAAAUAUUUAAAAGAUAAACUGGAUAAGAAUCUCAGGUAUAUCUCUAAGUGAAUUCCGGGGACUGUUACAGGGGAGUAACCAUGGCAACAGUUACAUAUGAAGAAACGACCACAACGUCCAGUGCGCCGGCCAUCCGACCAGACCCGGAGUACGUGAAGACCAUCAAUGGAAUCCUCAAAAUUGCUGAAAUGGUGGUGUCCAUCAUUGUUUUGAUCUGUGCAUCCGUCGACUCGAUCUACUGGUACUCGCGUGGCGGGGGCUGGGUUCAGUUCGUAGCAGCGUCGGCGUUAAUUACCGUCAUUAUCCUCUUCAUCUUCCACUUCAUGCACAUCAUCAACCGACUGCCAGGACCCUGGACAUUCAUUGAAUUCAUUUACUACUGUGUGUUCUGUGCGUUGUGGCUGAUCGCAGCCAUUGUUGCUGCCGUCCGAGCCCCGUGGUUUGCAUCCAUUGGUGCUGCUGCAUUUUUUUGCUUCGCUGCUCUCGCCAUAUUCGCCAUAGACACAUUCUUCAUGUUCCGAGGCUGGCAGAGUGUACAACAUCCAGUGACAGGUGGAACCACAACCGCCGCGACAGCCACCACAACCACCACCACGUACGAGACGAGGACACAGUACUAGGUCUCCGUUCUCCUCUGUCAUUGCUUGUGAUCUCUGUGUAAUGGAAGGGAUUUCUGUAUUUCUCGUUGUUCAGCUGGUUAACAGUGUUGUCAUGUAAUCUUAACAGCUUGUGUACUGGAACAUAAUCGGUAGUUACCAUCUUUUAAAAGUAAAAUAAGUAAUCAUGGGUCUGGUUUUGAAAGGCUAAAACACGUGAUAAUGAAGGUACCACAGGUGAAAUAUAUAUAUAUAUACAUCAAUCAGCAGUGCAGAAAUGAGCUUUGGAAAAACAUCUUUCUGAUAGUGAUAGGCGAUCGUAAUUGGUAGUGAUGAGCUAGAACUAGAACUCUGAUAACACAUGAUAUGUAUGUGUUUACAUUGUCAUAUAUACAUGCAUAUAUCUAUGUGUAAUACAUGAUAUGUAUGUGUUUAUAUUGUUAUAUAUACAUGCAUAUAUCUAUGUGUAAUACACA